UUCAAAUUUGAAUUCAAUUUGGUCAUUUAUAUGUGAUAAAAGUAAAUAAAAGCGGCUGUUGAUUUACAUUUGCAUAGAUUUUAGUUCUCUGUUGUGUUUGAAUACGCUCAAUUCUGUUAAUUUUUCAUAUCGAGGUGAAACAGAAAUUUAAGACGAGAAGGAAAUGACGAUUACACCAAACGAAAUUUUUCUGCCAGAAAUGUCAGAAACGCUGGCUUUGCACCUUCUCUAUGUUAUACGUUCUCUGUAACGCUAUCCAAAUUGCCAAAGCAGCUGAUUAAUAUUAUUAUUUAAGUGUUCUUUUAAUUUUUUAUAUCCAACAUUGAAAUGAUUAAAACGGAAAACGAUGUUAAAGUGGACAUCAAGUCUGCAAAAUCUGAGAAAGAGCGCUCAAAUAAGCGCACCCAUAGGAAAGAAAAGCAGAAGCCUCAAACUAAGAUUGUUAUUCGACACUUGCCACCAACCAUGACUGAGGCCGAUUUUCUUAAACAAAUCGAUCCCCUACCACCACAUGAUUUUUACUAUUUCGCUGCAGCGGAUUGGUCCCUAGGAUUCGAUGCUACAUGCCGCGCGUAUAUAUCUAUGAAAAACUAUGAUGAUGUAUUCCUAUUCAGGGAUCGUUUCGAUGGUUAUGUUUUUGUGGAUUCCAAAGGUGCAGAAUAUCCAGCCAUUGUUGAGUUUGCACCAUUUCAAGGUCUGAAAAAUAAAUCACGUCGAGUUGACAGUAAAGUGAGUACCAUAGAGCAGGAAUCUCACUAUCAAAACUUUAUAACCAAACUGGAAGAAGAACGAGAAGCUGCUAAAAGUGGUGAAUGCAAAUUAGAAUUUAGUUUGGAUCGAAAAAAAGAAGAAAAAAUUACUUCAACCCCUCUACUACAAUAUCUCGCAAAUAAGAAAGAAAAACGACGGGAGGAUGCAAAACGUAGACAAGAAGAAAAGCGACGUCAACGUGACGAAGACAAGGAAAAACGAAAGCAAGUACAAGUAACAAAAAUUAUAUCAAAUAAUGAAGGCGCUGCCGCUGGUGGGGGUAAAAGUAAUAAGUUAGGUGUUGGUAAAGAAAAUGUUGUUGGCGAGAAAAGUGGUUCACAGCAAUUACAUGAGGAGGGUAAAAGUUCACGAUCUCAACGUCGAGCUGAACGUAAUCAGAAAAGAAGGGAAGAAUUUGAACGUAAGCGCCAGGAAAGGGAAAAAGUCCUUGAAGUGAAAUCAAAAGUAGAUGCCAUUGCUGGUAGCGAGCGAAAGACGAAAGAGCAAUCGCUACAAGGAUGUAAAGCCGACGAUGGGAAACAGCAGCAACGCAAAGAAGGUGGAAAACGUUAUAGUGAACGUCGCGAACGAGAUAGGAAUCGCAACCGUAAGGAGAAGGAGAAGGAAAAACCACAAUCGACUGGAGUUGACGGUAUUCAAAAGAGCGAAAGUACAGCUUCUGAAGCAAUGAAAGCUGCAGCAGUUGCAGCUGCUGGUGGAGAAGCUAUAGUUAGCGAGUCAGUUAUGAAUUUUAUACGUAGUGUGGCUACAGCAAAGGAGUUUGUUCCUAAACAUAAGCAACAAAAAAUGGAAGAACUCAAAAAUACAUCGUCUACGGAAAGCGUUGCACCAGCAAAAGUUGAAAGGGAUCUUGAUGACAAAGCAUCAGAAGAAGAGCAGAAAAAGGAAAAUUUUUUCGGAGAGGAAGACACGCGCACUCAAAAACAACGCAAUGCAGAUGAACAACGUCGUAUUAGAAAUAAGGAUCGACCCUCCAUAGCCAUCUAUCAACCAAAAGCACGUUUACGUAUAUCCGAAGAGCGAGAUCCGAUUUCCUCUCAGCCUCAAGGUAGUGUUAAGAGUGACACCCGUAGCAAUCCCGCUUCGGAUUGUGAAAGCAUCAAAAAGGAAGAAACCAGAACCAAAAAAGUUUCCCGUUACUCUGAGCGUCGAGCGGAACGUCGUAAUAACAAGGAUAAGCAAAAGAGCUCUUCAGAUUCGGCUGAUUUGGAACCAAAAGUAGAAGCGGCGCAAUCGUUCAAAUUAGACGAUAUCCCUGGUACUUCUGAACCUUUACAAGACAAUGAGAAAUAAAAAUAUUUAUGUAUGUAUAGCUAUAAAUUUCCGUAUGAAAAGUAAAUGUUUAACUUCACAUCCGAUUUCGGAAUUACAAAAAAAAGCUUACUUUUGAAAAUAUAAAUAUAAUAUAAACAUAACCUUUAUUUAUC